CAGAACACUUAACUGGUUAUUCAAACCUACAUUCUUAUUCUGAGUUACCAUGCUCCUUAGUUUACAAGAUGGGCUUUUGACGCCUUUAUCAGCCAUGUUGAAGACGACAGGACUGAAAGCAGAAGAACAAGCAAGUUUUGAAGAUAUUAUUAAGAAGCAAGUGGAAAGUUGCAAUCAUUUACGUGCUGCAUCAGUUGAAAAGUUGGUGCAGUUCAUCAAUUCCAAGGAAAAAAAAGGCUUGCUCGUGGUCAAUCCUGCUGUUGUUCCUGAACAGAUUGUUGGUGUUGGGCGCAAUUUCGCCAUUAAGGAUGUGAAAGUGAAGUGUCGUGGUCCGGAUGACAAAAUCUACGCUCAAAAUCCUGACAUCCAACGUUUUGUACCUCGUGGUCUGACGUUGUUGUGCUAUCCUGGUGAUAGCAAUGACUCUGCAGCUGGAGAUAUCUUAGACCCAAUAAUUUAUGCCAACCGUAAAUUCACUGGUGGCAUUGGUGAUGAAGACGAAGAACAGCCAAACUCCAAUGAAGAAUGGAAGCAGUACUUCCUGGCUGUCCCUGAGACAGCUAGUCUCGUGGUUGCCAUCGAGAAAGUAAAUGGUGAAGCUGCACAUUUUAGUGGCAGGUUCAUGGACGGUAAAUUUUGUAUCUUCACUGGUUCCAAGAAUGUUCACAUGCUCAUCCAUAAUGAAGAUGAUAUCAAAUAUUAUGAAGGUGAUAGAUACAGCACAGCUCGCACAGUGGCAACAACUGUGAUGCGAACGCUGGCAGAAAUGGAGGAGAGCAAACGGUCGUUGCUGCAAUACUUCCUGCACUACACUCGCUUCACCAUCACUUGUGAGCUUGCUCAACCUGAAUAUCAACACGUCGUUCUUCUCGACCAUCUCGAGCGCCCCGUCAUCAACGUGUUCGCAGCGUACGAUAUACCUGAGGACUUCGAGGCGCCUCACAGCCUGACGGCCGUGCCGAUGCACUUCUUCCUGUCCUUUGUGAAGGCCCUUGGGCUGCAGACUCCAACAUACACGAUCCUGCCUUCAGCACAGGAUGACUGCGUCAGGGACUUCUGCAGGCAGGUUCGUAAAGAGCGCUGUUGCGAGGGCCGAGUUCUGUACUACAUGAAGGACGCGCACUGCUACACUAUAGGCCUGUGCAAGAUCAAGACGGUGUGGUACAUCAUAAUCAGGGCCAUCCGGGAGAAGGCGUGUUUCUGGCUCUUCAAGCUGGUGCGGGAGCCCGACCAGUGCUCCCAGGAGGACAUGUUGCGAUCAACCCACAAACGUAUCAAUCAAAUCAAGGACUGGCUACAGCUUUCGCAAGCAUGCGUUAACCAGUGGAAGGAUCUGGGGGAAAGGUUCCUACGUUGGUGUUGGCAUCUGCAGCAAUCGGAGAGCAGCGAAUUCUCGGUACAGAAACUGCGCCCUGAAUUUCCAAGAUGGUGGAAGAAGUUUAUCGACGCCCAGCCAGUCCCAGAGGGCAGAGUCUCGGCCGAUGAUAUUCCCCCCUUCGACGACUAGCAUUGCAAGUCAUGCGUCUUGGCCGAUGAUAUUCACCCCACUCGACGACUAGCAUUGCAAGUCAUGCGUCUCGGCCGAUGAUAUUCCCCCACUCGACGACUAGCAUCGGAGGUCUUGCGUCUCGGCCGAUGAUAUUCCCCCCUUCGACGACUAGCAUUGCAAGUCAUGCGUCUCGGCCGAUGAUAUUCCCCCCUUCGACGACUAGCAUUGCAAGUCAUGCGUCUCGGGCGAUGAUAUUCACCCCUUCGACGACUAGCAUCGGACCUCGCGUGUCUCAGGGUCGCAGUCCAGACAAUAUGGCACAAAGUUUCGUGUAUGCUUCUCAUACUAUUUUCUAGUUCAAGAAUAUGAUCCCCAUUCCAUUCAGCGCCGGACAAUAGUUCGAAAAGCAUUUAUUUCGAUGAUAUUUUUUGAUGUCGAGGUUAUUUUCCUGACAUUUAUGUUAUAGUAUUGUAUUGCUAGUUUUUCGUAGAGUCACGGUUACGUUAUUUAGGUGUAGACAACAGUAUUUUGCGGACUAAUGAUGACGCCGUUAGCAGCGUAGUUUGCACGUAGGUAUGAAGUUUUAGAGGUUGUCUAAAAAAACGAUGAGUGAUGAUGGCCGAUUAUGAUGAUGGUCGAUUAUGAUGAUGGCCAGCGUAAAAUAAUGUAAGUGCCUUUACAAUUUAACAUUUGACUCUUCUCUUGGAUGAUUUAGUAUUAAGUUCUCACUGAUCUCAAUCUUUUUUUGUGCGCUUACAGCUGAACAAACCACUGAAAAAUGCUAUUUCUCUAGACUUUAGCUACUCACCAGUCAAGACUGAAACAAUCUUUAAGUCGUCCAUAGAAACAUUAUUGCUAUAUUAUAACUUUUUGCAUCUUGUGUUUCU